AUGGAGUACCCCGGCCACGCUAUGGGGCAACCCGAAAACCCGUUUGCGGCCCUGAUCCCGGACCAGCAGUUUGCCAUCGUGCCAUCCUUCCAGCUUGAGUCGGGCGUAGCUCUUCAGAAUGUGCCCGUGGCAUAUACAACACGAGGCACGCUCUCGCCGGACGGCUCAAAUGCCAUGGUCAUCUGCCAUGCGCUCACCGGCAGUGCUGACGUGGGCGACUGGUGGGGCCCUCUUCUGGGCGGUCCAGGGCGAGCCUUUGAUGUCUCUCGCUUCUUCAUCAUCUGCCUCAACAGUCUUGGCAGUCCGUACGGAUCGGCCAGCCCGGUGACGGCCAAGGACGGCGACCCGAGCAGAGGCCGCUACGGACCCGAAUUCCCGUUGACAACCAUCCGCGAUGACGUCCGGCUACACAAGAUGGUGCUGGACGACUUGGGCGUGCGCCAGGUGGCUGCCGUCAUCGGCGGCUCGCUCGGCGGCAUGUUUGUGCUCGAGUGGGCGUAUCUGGGACGAGAUUACGUGCGCAGCAUUGUGCCGAUCGCGACGAGCAGCCGGCACAGCGCAUGGGGCAUCAGCUGGGGCGAGGCGCAGCGACAGAGCAUCUACGCGGACCCCAAGUACGAAGACGGCUACUAUCCGUUUGACGAUCCGCCGGCAGCAGGACUGGGAGCGGCGCGCAUGUCGGCGCUGCUGACGUAUCGCAGCCGCAACUCGUUUGAGGCGCGCUUCGGACGCAACAUCCCCGACCCCAAGCGCAAGCAGACGAUCCUGGAGGGCGAGCGGAAGUCGUCUCCAGCCGGCUCAGACGCGCCGAGCUCUCCGUCCGAGGGCCACUUCCGCAUCCACAACGACGGCCACCGGAUCCGGGAGGACCGGUUCCUGCGGAGAUCCUCUUCGGGUGGCGAUGUGACGCUGGACCCGCAGUUCCACGGGCCCGGCCAGGAUGCGAUCGCCAGCAACGGCAGCGGAAACGACAGCACCCACACAUCGACGGCAGCGUCGACGGCGACGACAACAAACGCCAUCGUCCCGUCUCCGCCCAAGGAGAGUCUCACGGGCGGCGUGCAGGUGGUGCCGACGUCGACGUACUUCUCGGCACAGUCGUACCUCCGGUACCAGGCAGCCAAGUUCGUGCGACGGUUCGACAGCAACUGCUACAUUGCCAUGACGCGCAAGCUGGAUACGCAUGACGUGUCGCGCAGCCGGGCCAACACGGUAGCAGAUGCGCUGGCGAUGAUCGAGCAGCCGACGCUGGUGCUGGGCAUCGAGAGUGACGGGCUCUUCACCUUCGCCGAGCAGGAGGAGCUGGCAGAACACAUUGGGGACGCGCGACUCGAGCGCAUCGACAGCCCUGAGGGCCACGACGCCUUUCUGCUGCAGUUCGAGCAGGUCAACCGAUACAUUCUCGCAUUUCUGCGCGAGGUGCUACCGGACAUUAUGAGCCGCGAGGGCAGCAGCAUCGCUGGGGCUGGCGCCGAGGUCGACGGCGGCUCGGUCGGACAGCUGACAAAGUCGAGCGUGUUUGGUGAGGCAGAAGUGGAAGACAUCACGGCAUGGUAG